AUGGCCCACAGUCUCACUGACGCCCAGCGGAAUUACUCCCAGCUGGAAAAGGAAGCGCUCGCACUCGUCACUGCCGUCGAACGGUUCCACAAGUUUGUUUGGGGCAGAAAAUUUAUAUUGCAAACCGACCACAAACCCCUCGUGGCAUUACUUCAGACAGAUAACUCUAAGGGACUCAAACCGACAACAGCAGCGCGACUCAAGCGUUGGGCAAUACGUCUACUAGGCUAUGACUUCAAGAUUGAAAACAUCCAUACGCAAGAUUUUGGCCAAGCGGACGCCCUAUCUCGCUUAAUCGAUAACUUCCGUCAUGAUAAUGCAGAAGAACUACAAGUAGCUCGCAUCCAAGAUGUCGAAUCGGAACUUCUCCAAAUAAAAAAUUUGUCAGUCGACUUCUUCGAUAAAGAACUUUGGGAUAAACUCAAGCUAGCUUCCAAGGAGUGUCCCACGCUUCGCUCUGUUUUUCUAGCUAUCAAACAAGGUUGGAAAACCAAAGUAAGUCCGGAUGUGGAACCUUACAAGAAACGAGCGGAAGACUUAAGCAUCGUCGACGACACGCUACUCCUCGGUGAUAGAAUUGUCAUCCCUGAGAAACUCAGACCGUUAAUCUUAGACAUUCUUCACAAAGGUCACCCAGGGAUUCGCAGAACCAAACAGCUCGCUCGAGAAUACGUAUACUGGCCGAAAAUGGCAGUCGAAAUUGAACGCCUUAUUCACCAGUGCGAUCCUUGCGCUGUGAAUCAAAAACUUCCAGUAAAGGUACCACUAAGUCCAUGGCCUACACCCACACGCCCCAUGGAACGUGUACAUUUAAAUUACGCUGGCCCAAUCGACGGGCAGUACCUUCUUAUUUUCGUGGACGCCUUUUCUAAAUUCAUCGACGUCGCCAUCACGCCUACAAUUUCAGCUAAUCGAACCGCUGACAUUUGUCGAGAUUUCUUUUGCAGGUACGGUCCUCCAGACAUCCUGGUCACGGACCACGGAACUCAGUUCACCUCUGAAACCUUCGCAGCUCUCUGCAAAGACAUGCAGAUCUCCCAUUUAUUAUCUCUAGUCAAUCAUCCACAGUCGAACGGUCAAGCCGAGAGGAUGGUGGACACUAUUAAAAGAGCAAUCGCUAAAAAUCCAUCAGACUGGAAACAGCAACUGUAUGACUUUCUUUACAGUUACCGCUACACGUCCUGCUCAACUGCAUUCGAGAGUAAAGCUCCAGCUGAUUUUUUCUUUGGACGUCGCAUGAACUCCCCGUUUACCAAGUGGUUCCCGAGACAGAACACUCUAGUUACAGCUCCGGCGGAACCCUCACCUAAACAACAGGCCAUGACGAGACAAUUUUCGAAACAUCAUGGUACCCGACCACGUCACUUAACUGCCGGAGACCCAGUGGUGGUACUAAUCCGCAAGGAUAAAAGGGAACAAGGUACCAUCAUCGAGCCCAUCUCAAAAUACCAACUACACCGGUCCCUCCCUUCUGAGCCCCCCAAGGAUCAAGACGACGGUUGGAUAUUCUAUCAACCGCCACAAGCUCCAGUGAGAUUCAGAGUCGGAUCACUCGUCAGUAGCACCUGCUAUGGCUUCAGCUACAGCCGACCAAGGCCCGGGGCCUUCGGCAAAUCAACCGGUAGGCCCGUCCGAGACCGAGUGGCCCCUAGAAGACUCGUCUUGAACCCAUCAGCCAAAAGUUACGCUCAAGGACAAGUUUUUGGUACACCGAUGGGUUCCCCUUUGUCUCCGAUUUUAGCGGACAUAGUGAUGCAGGAUUUGGAGGAGAGUGUGGGGGGUUUAUUGAGUAUGUCCAUGUAUUACAGAUAUGUUGACGAUAUUUUGAUUAUGGCUAAAAGAGAAGAAGUUGAGAAGAUUUUUGAGGUCUUUAAUAGCUAUCAUGACCCAUUGAAGUUUACUAUGGAUUAUGAAAGUGAUAGAAGUAUCAAUUUUUUGGACUUAUCUUUGAAUGUAGUGGAUAAUAAAUUGAUUUUAGAUUGGUUUCACAAAAAGACAUUUUCAGAGAUUGUGAGUCCACUUAUGUGGGCCAGACAAAAAGACAGUUGCAAACUAGAAUUAAAGAACACAGAAAUAACAUAA